AUACAUUCUUUCUGCAAGCAUGAGGACCUGAAUUUUAAUCCCUAACACCUACAUAAGAAUCCAGGCAUGAUUGCAUAUACUUUGAACACCAGAUUUGCAAGAUGGAGACAAGAGGCAGACCUGUGUUCUAACAGACAGCAAACAGAAAGUGGGGAUGAGCCCUGGGAGCUGCAUACGAGGAAAACUGGGAACAAUGUAGCUAAAGAAGAGAAGAAGAAAACAGAGCCGGUGAGAGCCAGAGUUUCAGUCAAGCGAAAAGAGAAGAAAGAGCAUGAAAGUGUGAAGACACAGAUGCCAGGAAAAGACAGGCUUUAUAGUGGAGAUACUGAAAACCAACAAUAUGACAUGGCUCUGAGGAUCCUGCACACGAAAGCAAAACAGACUUUGAAUCAGUUGCAAGAGGCACAGGAUCGACAAAGAGAAGUUGUACAGAGUUCUCAGAAGAUGCAGGAUCACUUGCAGAAGCUUCAAGCUGAGUGUUCUGAGGCAGAAGUCAUAGUACAAGAGCAAGGAGAGAAAAUUGCAGAGCUUCAGAAGCUACGUGCAGGUUUGACUAGAGACAAAGAGGAACAGCUAAAGGAACUCAGAAAAAUUAUACCAUCUCUGAAGUGUUCUUUGGACCAAAAGAAGAAUAAAAAUGAAGAGUUAGAGAGGGAGUUCACUGAAAUAAAGAAACACUUAGGAGUAAUGAGAAAGAAACUGAAUGGUCAUGAAAAUGGAGAAUUUAGUUGCCAGGGAGAUUUAAAAACUAAAGAACUGGAAGUGAACGCUUCAGUGGAUAUGUUAAAAAAUGAGAUCCAUGAAUUGAAAGAAAAAUGGGAAAUUAUAAAUGCCAAAUAUCUACCUCUGAAUGUACAGUUUAAAUGCAUCGAGCAGGAGUUGUUAUCAAUAAAAAUAGCACAAAAGCAAUACAAAAAGCUCCACAAGGACCAGAAGAUUCUAGAACAAGAUGCACUAAACCUGCAACACCAGCUUCGAGAGAACAUGGCAAAAUUAGAAGAUGAAAAACAUGCAAUGGCCUUAAGAGAAAGUAAUUAUGAUUCACUAAUGAGCCAAAUGGAACUCAGGCUUAAAAAUCUUGAAUCAGAGCUUGAGAAAAUGGGAGCUGAAGGAGAGUCCAAUGCAAGGAAGGUAGAGGAAUACAAGCAGCGCUGUGCCCGAGAGCGGGAGCUCAGCAGGACACUAGCACAGAAGCUCCACAAGACGAACAGCAAACUGAGUAAAGUCAGAGCCGACAUUCUGCUGGUGACAGAAGAGAACAGAACUUUACAGAGAGCUCUUAGUACACGGCCUGUCCCCAAAUGUCCUGGUGUCACAAAGCAUAGUACUUGUAUAAAAUGCAACCCUAGCUUCAUUACAAGCAGAAACCCAGAGCCUUCAAUAUCCAGCCUUCAGCUUUCUGAGCCUAUGCAGGGGAGUCUGCUCAAGAAACCUCCAGUGGCAACAUGGACCAUGGACACCAGCAUGGCCUCCAGCAGCAGCAUGGAUCACAGGCAGACAUCUACAUGGACCAGGGACAUCAGCAUGAACUGCGUGGGCAGCACAGAUUGUGGUUGUUCGGAGUCGGCGUGAUUGUGCAGCUGGGCAGCAAGGCUG